AUGCUGUCGGCGGUGGGCAUGCUCGAGCAGCUGUCGAUGCCCUUCCUCCGGCCAAGCACCAGCCGCAAGACGCGUGCCGCCAUCUUUGACAUCUACGCCACCCUGUUCGAAGCCUUGGGCCCGGCCUGGGUGACGGCCAACUACUCCAUCGCUCUUGACCACCUGAUGGACCACCUGCUCAACCAUUCCCGCGGCGCCGUUGCAAAUAGCGCAGAGACCCUCAACAUCCGCACCGGCGUCAGCCUCAUCCUGCGGAAGCUGAUCGGCGAACGGAUGCUGGGCGAGCAGGCACAGGUGCUGGCCAUCCAGGCAAUCUGCCAAAAGUACCUGCAGCGGUGGCCGUCGGUCAUGCCAGAGCAACAGCCGCCCUCCAAGGAGACGCUCGUACUCGGCCUCAACGAGAUUUCUGGACUUCUCGUGCAGCUAGGCAGCUCGCCUCCGCAGGUUCACGACGCCCUCUACGACCCGCUGAUGCGUUGCCUCGGCCAUCCGAGCCACUCGGUCCAGGUCAGCGCAGCGUGGUGCCUGCGCACCCUCUGCGACAUCGCUCCCGGGCUUCUGUCCCCGACCAUCUCGGCCGUACUCGAGCUGCUCAACCGAGACCUCACCACGCUAGCCAACGGUGGCGGCCCUGCUGGAGCCGGACAGGUGGCCAAGCGCGCCUCUGGACACAGCAGAGCGCUAGCUUCCCUGAUCAACGUCAUUCCACGCCGACCGCUCUACACCUCCUUCGCCGUCAGCGCCAAGGUGCUCUCUCUAGCCAUCCAGCUGCUCAAGAACAGCGGCAACCACGAGCUCUCGGUGUCGGCCGUCGAGAUCGGGGUCGCAUGGACGCUGGUCGGGGCGCUCAUGUCGCUUGGUCCCAACUUUGUCCGCCUCCAUCUGCCGCAGCUCCUCAUCUUGUGGCGCAACGCGUUGCCCAAGCCCACGUCGAAGGACACGGCACCUGGUCCUUCUACCCGAUCCGAUGGCGAGUGGGGCUUCCUCCUUCACGUGCGCGAGUGCACUCUCGGCUCGCUGCUCUCCUUCUUGCUCCACAACGGCUCGACACUCCUCACGCUCGACACGGCGCGGCGAAUCGUGGCGCUGCUCAGCAACACGCUAGCCUUCGUCAACGGCUUCUCCGGCCAGCACCCGCAUCUGCUGCAGGAACAGAGCCCGGGCGUCGAUCGACCUUCGUUGUCUCUGCUCGAUCGCGAACAUCUGCUGCGCCGAAGGGUGUUCCAGUGUCUGGCGGUGCUCGCCACAAACCCUGCCAUGGAGCCGAUGCAGGCCGGACUUGUCCCCGUCGCUGUCCAGGCAUUUGCCGAACCGGAACGCUACAUCGGCAGUGCAGCGCAGGCGGCCAUCGCUGCGAGCGCCGGAACCUUUACCGGCAUCUGGACUGCCACCGACGGGUAUGCGUUCGGCGUGACGAGCCUUCAGAGGGACGCAGAGACGUUCGUAUCGGACCCGAUCGGCUCGCUCGAGGCGACCAGGGCGCCGGCCAGCGACCACUGGCUCAACCGCGACUCGGUCGAGGUCCUUCUCGACGCCCUGCAGAGGCGGCCUGUCCUUGGAGCGGCCGAGCACGACGUGCUGAUGCUCUACGCCGGCGCAUCGGGCCCCCCUGGAGAGAUCGCCGAGUGCCCGCUCUUCUCUCCUCCACCAGCUACCGGCGUGGUCGAUGCGGCCAUCGAGCUUUUCGCCGCCCUCUUGCCGUUCCAGGAGCGCGAGGUGCAGGCUUCGGCGCUCGAGACGCUAUUGGCCCAUAGCCGGAGCUCGAGGCUGGAGCGCAACCCUGGACGGAAACAGGCGAUUCACAUGAACGCCAUCGUCGCUGUGCUGGGCUCGCUCCAGGCCGCAAUGCAGGGUGGCACUGGCCCGACGGGCAAGCGACCGUCCGGCUUCAACAAUGAGCGGCUCAGCUCGGCGAUGCGGGAGCUGAUCCAGGACGCCCUGCUGCAGGGCGACCCGGCGCUGAGGUCUGCGGCCAGCGAGGCCUAUGGCAAACUAGCGGCUGUGGCCGGGUCCCACGCCAUGUCGAGCCAGGUCCAGUUCCUUGUUGAUCAGGUGGUCAGCAAUCGCGACCCGGAUGCCCGCGCUGGCUGCGCCCUCGCCUUUGGCGCCAUCUACAAAGAGGUCGGAGGCCUCUCGGCGGGCCCGCUGACCAAGACGGUGGUCAACGUGCUGAUGUCGCUUUCCAACGAUCCCCAUCCUACGGUCCACUAUCAUGCGCUCGAGGCACUGCAAAGGGUCGUCGACGCCGCCAGCCUCAGCUACAGCCCUUAUGUCGCCAGCACGCUAGGCAUGCUGGUCAAGCUCUACAUGCUCGAUACGCACGAGCCAGAGGGCGGUAGCGCCGGCUCUGUCAACCUUAGGGCCGACUUGCCCGCGCAUCAGGCCAUCUGCCGCGUCAUCAACGCCUUGAUCGGCGUGCUGGGUCCCGACCUGCAGGAGUCGGCCAAGGUGCGCGGCUUGAUCUUCGCGCUGCUCCGCGAGUUUGCCGAGGAGUCGGAUACUGGCGUGGUCGUCGAGGCCAUCAAGGCCAUGCAGCACUUUGGCCUGUUUGCGGCCGAGGAACUCGAGACGGCUACCUGGAUCGCGCGGCUUCGCACUCAGCUGCGCAGCAACAAGAGGCCGCUGAAGCUGGCCGCGAUCAACGCCUUCUACCAGCUCGUGCAGCGGGAGGCGCUGGCGAUGAGCAGGCUUGGGGGAGAUCGGCUGGUCGAGGAAUUCUUCGCGCAGCUCGACGAGGACCCGCGCAUGGAUGGAGUGCGCGAGGUCAUUACCAGCUGGCUCGGGCAGACGGCCGAUUUGGCUCCUGGUGGCUGGAUCGACCUGUGUCAGCGGAUCAUGUCUGUCGGCUCGUCGGCUCGGACCGCAUCUGCUUCGAUGAUCCAGCAGCAGUCGCAGCAGCAGACGACCAACAGCCUCGCUACGGCGUUGCAGGACGAGGAGGCGGCCACCAUCGACCUCGGCGGAGACGAGUCGGCCUCUUCCAAGCACAACUCGAGCCGGUGGCGGACGCAGCUCUUCGCCCUGCAGUGCCUGCACGAGGUCUUCGUCACCGUCCGACGAUCCGGCCGGCUGGAGCACUUCUCUACGCCACCCGAGGGCAAGGGUAGCCAGCAACGGCUGCUGAUGAGCAGCCGGGUGUCCGAUCUCAUCAAGAUGGCCUUCACCGCCAGCACCGCGGCCAACAGCGAGAUCCGCCUCGAGGGCCUCGUCGUCCUUCGCGAUGUCAUUAACAGCUUCAAGACCGCGCAGGACCCUGACUUCCGCGAGGCGCUGCUGCUGGAACAGCACCAGGCUCCCAUCGCCGCCGCUCUGACGCCGGCUUUCCUCGCGGAUAGCACACCCGAGGUGCUGGCAGCGGCCGUCCAGCUCUGCGCCGUCUUUGUCGGCUCCGGCGUGGUGCGUCAGGUCGAUCGCAUGGGCAGGAUCCUCAAGCAGCUCGUCUCGGCACUCGAUAACUGCAUGGAGCCCAAGAUGGAGAGGCUCGGCGACGUCGAAGACCUCUCGCCCAAUGCCAACGCGAUGCUCAAGGUGGCCGUCUUCACCGCCUGGGCAGAGCUCCAGGUGGCCAGCGUUCAGCAAGGCUACCUCGUCGAGGUCGUCAAGCCGCACGUGGCCAAGAUCGCGCCGUUCUGGAUCGCGUGCCUGCGCGAGUACGCCAAGAUUCGGUCGGAUCCAGAUGGCGAGGGCCUCGGCGGUCCUGGUGCGGGUCCGGUGAUCAACGCCAGCCUCGACUCUCAGUACGCCGGCCUGGCGCGAGAGGUCAUCACGCCAUACCACGAGCGCUCCUGGCACAAGAUUCUGAACGCCGUCGCCGUGCUGAUGAACGCCAACGAUCCCUCCAUACAUCGAGCUAUGGAUGGUCGCCCCACCACCGGCCCGGACGUCGACGAGACCAAACCACUGUCGAGCUCGCGCAGUGGCAGUGAGCCCGCCCUUUUCUUCUUCGUCCUCUAUGGACUGGCAUUCGAGGCCUUGUCAUCGAUUUCUGCCGGCAGCGAGAGCUCACGCGAGGCUGCGGUGAUGCGCGUCACACUGCAGGCCAUGUCGAGCCUCAGCAAGCCGAUCUACGCCGGAUCUGCGUUGCUACAGCCGGCCAUCUUCGAGGAGCUGUGUAACCUCUCGUACCGCCUGGUGAUGACGGAGCCGCCGCUGGUGCAGACCAGCGUGCUCGAGAUGCUCGGAGGCAUGGCGGCGGGCUACGGCAAGCUGCUGCUCAACGACGGAGACGAACAGGCCGCCGUCUCGCCCGUCUCCAAGGCGCUGCUCAAGGACUCGAAGCUCACCCACUGCCUGCGCGUUGUCGUCUGCGUCCUGCAGAACGCCAAGGCGACGCGCGGCUCGCCGGACGAAAAGGCGACGCUGCUCAGGGUGGCCUACUCGGCCUUCAUAGGCAUCGUCGGCAUCUAUCCCUCGGCGCUGCAGGAGGACCUGUUCGCGGUGGGCUUCUACAUGUACUCGGAGAUGCUGCGGGACGAGACGAGCGAGGUGGACCUGGUCGGGCCGACGCUUCCGAGCCUCAAGGAUCUCUGCGAGCGGGCGGCACGGGGCUGCAAGCCGGGCAGCGAGCUGCUGCAGAGGGCGGUGCACGGCUUCCUCUCUGCGGCGCUGCAGAACGUCGACGACAUGCGGACGCGCGCCGGCAGGGUGGCCGAGAACAAGACCAAGAACAGCCUGCUGGCCGCCACGGUCGUCGUGACCGCGAUCCCGGUCACGGUCAAGAUCAGCCAGGCAGUCGCCGAGCACGCGUGCUACCUCAUUGUGCAGAAGAUUGCCUUCGACGACGAUGAAGAGGAUGCGGACGAGGCAGGCGACGACGACGGGCACGCCAGGCAUGCCACCGGCGGGGCGGGACGUGGGGCUCCGCCGGUCGAGGUGGCCAUGACGGCGGUGCAGUGCGCCCGCAGCGUCAUCCUCGCCUCGUCGCGCGGCAACCCGGCGCUGCAGUACUGCGUCGGCCAGCUGAUGCCUGGCCUCAUCGAGUUUGUCGUCACAGACGGGCCCAGAGCCGCUGCUGCAGCUGCCAGGGCCUCGGCGGCCAAGCCGAGAUCGACUCUGCGCAGACCGCCUCGCCUCGUGGCGGUCGAGGAGAUCGUCAAGGCGUUUGUUGGCAUGCUCAACACGCUGCCGGUCGAGCAUCGCUCGCAAGCACUAGGCGUGAUCCUGCCGACCCUGCUUGUCCUCCUCGAGCCGAGCGCCUCUGCCGCAUCGGCAUCAAGCAGCCCGCUGCACGCCUUCACCGUCAACCAGCUCAUGACGAUUGCGGCGCAGCACCAGCCAAACUUCAAGGAAGCCACGGCGUCGCUCCAACCUGACCGCCGCGCGCUCCUCGAGUCGGCUAUCCGCGCCCACCUCGCUGCUGGCGGUGCCGGUGGUGGUGCGCAGGCGGCGACGUCGCAGGCUGGCACCAACGCUUCGAGGUCUGGAGGCUCGGCUAGUAUUGCACUCAAGAGUUUUGGAGCGUGA